CAGAGACUUUACCAGAAACAUCUCACGAUGACGUCUCAAACAUCUAUGUCACGUGAUAAAAGUAGGCGGGACCAAAAAAUAUUUCCGGAAACAUGGAGGCUGUACUGAGCGAUGUGGUAGCUCCUGAAGACCUUUUAAAAUUUGAGAAGAAAUACAACAGUGAGCUGGUGAAGGGAGCCGUCUCCAAAGAAACAAAGUUUGAAUAUGCUUGGUGUCUGAUCAGGAGUAAAUACACAGAGGAUAUCAAGAAGGGAAUUGUACUCUUGGAGGAACUUGUUCAGAAAGCAUCAAAGGACGACUCCCGGGACUUCCUGUUCUACCUUGCAGUGGCCAACUACAGACUCAAAGAAUAUGAGAAAGCCCUGAAGUACAUCCGAACUCUUCUAAAGAACGAGCCGGGCAACAAGCAGGCUCUGGAGCUGGAGAAACUCAUCGACAAGGCUUUAAAGAAAGACGGCUUGGUUGGCAUGGCGAUCGUCGGGGGAAUCGGUCUUGGCGUGGCCGGUUUGGCAGGCCUCAUCGGCUUGGCUGUGUCAAAGGGAGCUGCUAAAUCCUAACCAGGACAUGGGAUGACCUGUCUUCAUUUUGCUGGACUGACACACUGACCCUUCCCCUGCAUAAACAAUUAAAACUUUGUGCAGGAAGCUUGAGGGGUGUAACAUUUUGGUUUGAAGUCGAAUAUGUACUGCAACACAUUAAAGGGUUUGAAUAAUGCCGGUGAAUAACCCGUUUUCAUAUUUUAACAGGGUUGAGAGUCACCAUACAUAUGACAUUACUUAGCUGUCUAUUCACACACCAUAGCAUGGCACUUUCUCAUUAUAUGUGUAAAUAAAUUAGAAUAGUCGAGGUGCAGCUCAAUUUUAUGUUAUUUCUCAGUUAGUAUGCAUCUCAGCCUAAACUUCCUAAGUUGACAUUUACCUUUAUUAAAGUGCAGUUGUGGUUCUGUAACUGUCUGUUUUAAUUAUAUUUGACAUAAAGAAAUGUAUUGUUAAGACAAGUGUUAUUGGUGCACUAGGAAGUGAAUCUUGUAAUGCCAAAAGCAACAGUGUGAUUUGUUUGCUUGUGAGGUUGCAGUGACUGCCAUACUGCUGGUAGAAGACUGUAAGUCCAGCUGCUGCUGCUGUGGAGGCAAUGAAGAGAUGUUUGCAUUUAUUUUGGACGUGAGGUUUCUGUUCAUUUCUUCUGAAUGCAACUUUAAGUUAAGGGAUGCAACAGACUUAUUGGACAUAAAUACCUUUUUGUCAUGUAAAAUGCAUUUCCUAACAUUUACCUGUGCUACAUUUAACGGGUUGUGUUUUCCAUAUUGUUAAAUAAAAUGAUUUUUGAACUGAGA